AUGGAAUCCACUUGAGUUGCAAGAAAACCCUUCACUUCGCAAGCCACUUUUGCAAAGGCACGUUGCGCUCACGGGGGAUCUUGGCUUCAUCCCACUCGUUGUUCAACAUCUGAUGAAUGAUAUCAACCCCAGCCUUCAACCAUCAUAAAUUCGAUUAAGCGCCAGGAAAUCGAACUUCCAUUGCUUCCUUCCUCUUUCACAAUUCAUCGCCUAAGACGAGCCAAGAACUCACUAGGACCGGGCAACUAUCAAAGACCGGCAGCCAUGGAGGCCAACAAUUCCCCACAGCAACCAUCGCCACUACCACCAACGUACCCAGAACUCUCCUACACCACCAUCCCCCUCAACAACCCCGCCACCGAAAUCCGCCUUCUCGACCUCUACCCCUCCGCCGACUUCUCCUCCCCGCUCUACUGCCGCCUCUACAACACGCCCAUCGCCUCCCCUGCACCCUUCAAAGCCCUCUCCUAUGCGUGGGGCAGCGACAAGAAGACACAUCUGAUCUAUGUCGAAUCUACCAACACCAACGGCACUGAGAAGAAUUCAUUCGUUCAUUCUCUGAUCACCCUAUUUACAACAUACAGUACGCGGUGCUCCUUCGGCAGUGACGAUGACACGACUGUCGCCAGCGUCGUCAACGAUUCUUCCGACGUCGAGGUCCAUGGCGAAGGCGCUAUGAGUGGUGGGCAUGGAGAGGAAAGAGGGGAGUCAGACGUUGGGGGUUCCGGACCGACAAGGAGUAUAAUUCGCAUCACCUCCUCGCUAGACAGUUGUCUGCGCCACCUGCGAGCCAUCCACCACCGCGACCACCUUGCUCACAAUAACUCACAUCCUCCUCCCAAUCCCCAUCACCACAUGAGCCCGCCAGUGCCGCCACUGACCCUUUGGAUCGACCAACUCUGCAUCAAUCAAUCUGACUCGGAUGAAAAGGCUGUUCAAGUCGGACUUAUGAGUCAGAUUUACUCGCGCGCCAAGCAGGUGCUGAUUUGGCUGGGUCCGGCAGCGGACGGGUCAGAUGAAGUGAUGGAUGUAUUGGCGGAGCUGGGGAAGGAGUUUGAGAUUGUUGGAAUUCGCCUGGGCGAUUGGGAAAAGAUUUUGAAGUUGACGGAGGAAUAUUUGCGUAACUCACUGCGUAUCUCAGCUGAGGGCAACGUGGGUGAGAAGAGGAAAGAGAGGAUUGGGGUAACGAAGGAGAAGGAGGUACCUCUACCUCUAGGAAAGGAGAUCGAUUGUGGUAUUGGUGUUGAGGGAGGCACUGGAACUGCCUGUGGAGGUGAUGGGGUCGUCAAUGCCCCUGGUGGUGGUGACGCUACUGCUGGUAACAGCGAUGAGGUUGAAAUUGGGGUUGAGUUAGGACUGGGCGUGGACGUCACCGAUAUCGAGGCAUUGGACGAAGCAGCAGUGGUCUGCACCACAAACAAGGCCGAUGCAAGCACCGGAAAGACCGUUGUGGCAGUCGUGGAGGAUGGAGCAGCAAGACUUUGUCGUCUGGAGGUGUCGGGAGAGUUGCAAGCUUUUUUCCGACGCCCAUGGUUCACGCGCUUGUGGGUCGUGCAGGAGGCGUGCCACUGCGCCGACACUGUCUUUGUGUGUGGAACGAAGCCGCCGGUGAGCUACGAUAUUCUUGGGACAAUUCCCGUCUGUACGCUUCACGCCGUACAAUGGCCUGGGCACAAGCGUAACGACAUGUCGGAUUGGGACGGGGUAAGCCCCAUCUGCACCGACCGCAAAAUAGCCGGGGUGAGGGUGUUGGAUGAUGUGGCCGAAGCCAUUGAUGGCUUGUUAGGAUAUACAUUAGGGUCAUACCUAACUCGCUGGACAACAAUUCAGCAGAUCUCGAAAGGAGUGGGGGGUAACGAUCUAUUCACGCUGCUCGUCGGUACGUACACGAGGGGAAAGCGGGGUGGAGAGACGAAGUUGUACAGAGAUCGAAUUUAUGCUUUGCUGGGUCUGGCGACGGAUGUCGAUGAGCUGGAGAUCCAACCCGAUUAUUCAAGUCAAACGAGCACUGCGCAAAUCCUAACCGACGUAGCAAAGGCUAUCAUCAGCAAGACGAAGCGUAAAUUCCCGGUCGAGCUUCUCUCUUAUUCGCAAUUUCCCAAAACAGCCCUCGACGAUGGGAGUGAUGAACAACUACCAUCGUGGGUACCGGAUUGGAGGUCUGGCUUGAGAAAUCCAUUUCAUUAUUCACUCAGUGACACGACUAUGUUCAUGGCAUGCGGGCCUCAUCGCUCAGUCGAUAUGGUGCCGACUACACCUGCUAGUGUGCUGGGUCUACGAGGAUAUCUGGUUGAUACCAUAGAAGAGGUGGUCGGUACUUCGACGAGAAACAGAUGGCGUGGGAGCAUCAAGUUCUUUGAAAAGUUGGACAAACUAUGGAUGCUUUCAAAGCAGAAGAACAAACCCAUAUACAAAACUCCAGCGCGAAGAGAGGAGGCACUUUGGCGUGUGCCCAUUGCAGAUGUGGCACAGGAUUGGCAAAAAGAUACGACGAGAGACACGAGGGCAAAGGCUGGUUUCGCCCUCGAAUAUCAAAAAUGGAGACGUACUUUAGAAGAUGAGAAGAAAGCUACCUCUACUGUAUGCUUCCUAUACGAAUUAGACGCAGAUGAAGGAUAUUACUACCGCAACGCUACGGGAAAAAUGAUCGGAAUGAGGCUAUACCUCACAAAAGAAGGGUACAUGGGUAUGGGACCCUCCAACACGCAACCCGGGGACGUGGUUGUUGUAUUUCCAGGGGCCCGGGUCCCUUUCGUGUUACGACCCACGGACGAAGACAAUACAUUCACCUACGUGGGAGACGCAUACUGCGAUGGCAUCAUGGAUGGAGAGAUCACGCUCAGGGAGGAGAGAGGGGAAUUCUUCUUGGUGUAGAACUUGGACCAAAAACAAGAGCAACGAGUAGGUAGAGGUUGUGAACUAGGCAAAAUCGCAGCACCAAUACCUCUAGACAUAACACGGAAGCUAGGUAGAUUCCUAAAGGUGUCCAAGUCCCUAGAAAUGAGUAUCCGAU